GGAGACACCAUGAAAAGCCUGCUCCUUCUCUCCAUCCUGACUGCCUUGGCUGUUGCAGCUCUGUGUUAUGAAUCUUAUGAAAGCAUGGAAUCCUAUGAAAUCAAUCCCUUCAUUAACAGGAGAAAUGCUAAUAUCUUUAUAUCCCCGCAACAGAGAUGGAGGUUGAAAGCCCAAGAGAGAAUCCGAGAACACAGCAAACCUGCAUAUGAGAUCAACAGGGAAGCUUGUGAUGACUUCAAACUUUGUGAACGCUAUGCCAUGGUUUAUGGAUACAAUGCCGCCUACAAUCGUUAUUUCCGGCAGCGCCCAGGGGCCAAAUGAGAUUGGAAAAUUUUUCUUUCCAGAGCCUGGUGCCUGGUUUUGUAUUCCCUUGCAGUAGCAUCACUGAA